GGUCCCAAAUGCGAAGUAAUUGACGCAGAGAGUCUGCCUUGGCGUUUAGCAUAAUGCAUUUAGCUCGAUGACAUGGUUUCAUUGCGACUUAGUGUGAGCGCGGUGAUACGGCCAGCAGUAUGCACCGUGUAGAGAGGGUGGUAUAACUACGCUUAUGCCGACAACAUCGCCAGUUCGUCAUCUCUCUGAUGUAAACAUUCGCCCCCGACAUAUCCGCGAGUCGGCUGACAUCGCAUUGUUUCCGACUCGUGUUUUUUUGCGCCUGUACGCCUUAUUGUACUUGCUGUUAUAAAUGAUAAAUUCAAAGCAGUAAGCAUUAGCCAAUUGGAUUUCGCCUUUUCUAAAUAAUUUCCGAAUUAGACAUUCCAGCUGUAAGAACGAACAUGGCGGAAGAAAACGCCAACCACGGAACCAGAGAUUUCGAUACAGACAGAAAGGGAAUGAUGGAGAAAUGGCUGAUACCUCUCAAGGAAGAUCUCGCGUCGUGGAUUUCGCGUUUACUGGGAGAGGAAGAGCUAAAUACUGACACUUUUACAUCUAUGCUAGAUACGGGUGUAGUGCUUUGUAGACUAGCGAAUUUUAUCCAGACAGUAGGUGAGGAAUUCUUUGUACGCAAUCCAAAGUUUCCUCGGAGAGGUUUAUUUCCCGCGUGCGGUGUAACAUACAAACAGCGCGGAGCAACUCAUGGCUCGUUUGUCGCCCGAGACAACGUUUCUAAUUUUAUCCGAUGGUGUCGCGAACUAAGGGUUCCCGACGUUAUCAUGUUUGAAACGGAAGACUUGGUUCUCAACAAAAACGAGAAAACGGUUUUAUUGACCUUACUCGAGGUAGCGCGCAAAGCAUUUAAAGUCGGCGUCGAGCCGCCAGAACUUGUGCGCUUAGAAAAUGAAAUCGACCAAGAGUUAGAACUGGAGCCUGAGCCCUUACAGGAGCCAGCACCGAGACAAGAAGUGAGAUUACUCAAGAAAAAACACAAAUCACACAGCCUGGAUGAUUUGGUGUACGAAGUCUUGGAUAAAUGUACAUGCCCCACGCGAUAUCCUGUACAGCGGAUAGCAGAUGGAAAAUACAAGAUGGGUGAUAGCAAGAAUCUCAUCUUUGUCAGGGUGAUGCGAAAACAUGUGAUGGUGAGAGUUGGCGGAGGUUGGGACACAUUGGACCGCUAUUUCGACAAACACGACCCGUGCAGAAAUCACGAUUUAAAGCAACGUCGUCCUUCUAGAACGCGACCUUCAAGCAGUCAGCGUAGCUACCGGGAAAGCCAAGAACAAGUUCGCUCUCCCAGCUCCAUGAGUUUAUCGAGUACAGAGAGCCAUGACUCUGGAAGUACCAUUCAUUCGCAUAUGUCUGUACCAGUACAGGUAAAACACAGAGACACGUGUCGACAUCGUACUGGACCUGCAACCCGCUGCAUCUCGCCUGGCCCUAGAAACACACGGAGCCCUCUCACCCGGGGGGCCACCCCUCAGCACGCCACGGACAGCAUAAGCAACCGCCCCUCCAGGCGCAGCGCGAGCAUGCAAGACCUUAAUCAGAGCCUCAACGCUACCGCACCCGCCGCGAUAUCCACCGCUAAGACAAGAGGCUCCGGUAGACGAGCGACGAGUGAAACGCGAAAAGAUUCGAAAUCGGCACCGGGGACGCCAGGCCAGCGGAGAAAAAGUGUAGCAGUAACACCACCAAGACUAUCGGCCCCACACAUCCAGAGAGGUACAGCGUCACCCCGGUCGGUGCCGCCGAGGACUAUGGAUACCCAGGGAAAGUUUCACGCGCGUAGCCGAAGCAUGCAGGAUCUGAACGUUCAUCGCGCCGCAAGCCCAACAGGUGCACGAACAGAGAAGUCACGAGCACUGUCAGCUACUCGGUCCACUUCGGUAAGAGGUCGGCCUGGAUCGGAAGGCCCUCGUCGACAAAGCAUAGCAACCACACCUCGGAAGGCGACAUCGACGACUCCUGUCGGAAGCCCGAGGAUUACGAGAAGACAGUCAAGCGCCGCGCAAAUAGAUACAUCACGUGUAAAAACCACAGGGAGCCCAAGAAAAGCAUCAAGUGUAAACCGAAGCUCGACUUUCAGUCCCGCGAACAGCCCGAGGGUCACCCGAAAGCAGAUUACUUCUUCUGAUAAAGGCUCACGGUCACCUGGGAAAGUAGCGGAGAAUCUUCGGUCCCAGUCUCCUGGCACAAAGCCUCUCACAGAACCGUUCACUAGGUCUAGAAGUGCGAUAGCAUUUGAUUCCAGGCCUCGGUCGGCUACUGACAAGAGCGAGAGAAAGAGAUCUUUGACGGUGGAGCGGCCCAUCGCAAUACAAGGUACAGUCAGUACACGCUCAUCCAUGGGGCCCAUCGCAAUACAAGGUACAGUCAGUGCACGCUCAUCCAUGCGGCCCAUCGCAAUACAAGGAACCCAAGAAAAGCCAAACCCCCAGAGACAGUACUCUUCACCACAAAGUCCAACAAAAUCUAGAAUACCGCUAAUGAUCAAAUCACCCGCGAAAUCAGGGCGCCCCACACCACAGGCGUCCCGCCCAAGACCGAGUACUCAGGACUUUGAGCCACCGCAAUUAACCCGCUACUACUCUCAAGAUCAAGCAAGGCGGCCUCACAGGACCUGUGAGUGCGGGAUGCAAGUGUUGCCUCACAACGCCGACUACACGGCACAGGAAUCGUUCACGAAAUAUGCUACACCACAGGUACCCCAGAACGGCUAUGGCGGUAUUUCGGAGGACGAUUUCAGAACCCCGUUCGACGAUUACGUGUAUACUUCUGAGGAUUCCGCCAGUGUGUUAUCGGAGAGCGUCAGUGAGUGCGACUCCCACGUGACUUACAGCGUCAGCACUGGCGAAGUCGCCAACCCUGAUUUGCAUAUUGACCUCACCGAGGGGUACAGAGGGUCCAAACAAAGCAGCGGCGAGACCACGCCCAGUGACGGGGGAGCACCAAUCUUGUCAGAUGUGGUCAGGGAUUACGAUUAUUUUGACGUAGAGACCGAGUUGCGGUCAACCAGUAGUGACCGGUCACGUGGUUCCACACCGAGCAUGGACUUGUUAGAAUCACGUGAUCCCGUAACGCCUUCAUCACAUGACCAGGUCGACAGUUUUGAGGAGGGUUAUCCACGAGGUUUGAGUAUAAAGGAACGCUUGAAAAGCCUUAAUGUAGGACAAACCUCCAUAAGCCCAACACUGCGUGGUAAGGUUUUCGCUGGCAAUGAGGAUGAUGGUCUUGGUAAAGCCGAUAAACCGGACAAAAAUAUGAAGGAUCAAGGUUUUUUGUAUGUGGAUUAUGCCACUCAAGCGCCAGAAGAGAGAUCCAAGUUCUUCGAUAUCGACCGAGAAAUGGGCCAAGACAACUCCGCCCCGGGGUCACCGAAAAAAGUCUCUCUCGUAAAAUCGCUGAUUGGAAGCAUCGAGAAACGAAAGAGAAGCGACCCACAGCCUCCAAAUCUGAAACAAAAGCAGCAACCAACGGAGCCUCGCACUGGUGGCGAGGUAGUGACAGGAUCACGUGACGUUUCGUGGGACUGUGCAGGCACAGCUGGUACUCAUAGCGAGCUCGAGCAGUUUCCUUUACAGGGAGCCAUUUCCUCAGCAGUUACGCCUCUUAUAAUCAAAGAGCCAUUUAGUGACCAGGCCUUGAUACCCAAAAACGUGGACGAAAAUAAGAAUAUCACGAGAGACUGCGAGCUGCAGAUGAAAUCACCGAGCGCUACUAGCCUUGAGGAUCGACGGCAGGAAGAAGAGGAAUUACGGCAAUUUGAGGAAAACGAAAAUAACUUCAUCGUACACGAGUCAAAGCUGAAGGACGUCGACAGCUACGAAGCACAUUCGGAGACUCAUAAAAACGAGGCUGCUAUCGAAAAAAGUCCGAAGAGGUCCGAAACUUUGCCGAAAGAUAUCGACGUCUUCCCGAGAUCUCCAAGGCAAUUUUCGCUAGAUGAAAUGAUUGCUGAUAUGUUGCCAGGAGACUCAAAGAGCGAUAGACCUGAGUCGCCACUUAAGCCUCAUUUUCAAGCACUAAUUUGAUUGGCUUAAUAAGGUUGUACGACGUGCCCUUGAUGAAGUAGAAUUAUCAGAAAAUGGAGAUCAACUUUUAACACAGUUACAUUAUACCAGGCCCGAACCCAGGAAGGGGAGGGGGGGUUGCCUAAAGGGGUUCGCACCCCCAACCCCCCCCCCCCCCCCCCCCCACAUACACACAAUCGGGACAAGUCCAAUUUCGGAUUGCAUUAUAUGUGCUAUUUUUAGGCAAAACUAAAAAGUGAAGCGUGUGUCAUAAAUCUAUAAUUCACGCUUGUUUGUAGCCAAAUCCCAUAAUAAACUUCCCGUGGAGAUACUGCAAUGCCUAAAAUGUUUCAGGGGUGGUCAGAUUUUUAUCAGUAAAAACCACCUCCACCCCCCAACCCUCCCCGAAGAAUUAUGUACACUUUUUCGGAUUUCGCACCCCUCCAAGAAAAAUCCUGGGUACGGGCCUGUAUCCAUUAAGUUGCUGCAAAUGAUUGUAUAAAUGAGCUGAGUUCAUAUGACUCGUCCAGCAGCAUUUCUCCGACAAUCUUAUUCUUGAACUGGAGGCAAGUAUUCAGAUAGUCAUCUUAUGAUAUGUGGAUGAAUUUCAAAUAUCAAGGCCCGAUAAUACUCACACUAGCACUGUCCCCCCAGGAGAGUAUUGCACGAGUAUCAAUGAUAAAAUCAUUAAAAUAAGCGCGUAUAUUGCCAUGCAUAACUCAAUCAUUUGUGUGGAUAUCCAUAUUUCAUGUCAGAGAAAUUAUUCUUAUUAAAUUUGAUAAUUUCUUAAGGGUAAAAUUUGGCAAACUUUAUUGUUAUAAAGAUUUUUUUUUUCAAAAAGAGAGAUGACUAUUAAGACACACAGUGUUUUUAUUAUUGUCGAGCUUAAUGUGGAAAUAUUUUUGUAGGUUAUUUAAUUGUUGCAGACAAUUUGAAUGUAUUAGUAAAACCAGGAACAUUCAGGCCAAUGAGACAAAAAUACCAAGUGUAUUACCGGCAGGGCAGAGACCCAGUCGAGCUGUCACGCCAGGUCCGACUUGCGUGACGCGUGGUUUCGUAGGCUUUGAAUCACUAUGCAAAUGAGAUGUUCAUCUCACUAUUGAAUGAAAUCCGCUUGAAUCACGGUGAAUGUCAUGACAUAUCAGGCGCGUGUCCCUGGGAAGGGUGGUGGUCAUACGCAUCAAAAGCAAAGUAUUUCACGAUCCUUCAACAAGAAAUGACCCAUAUUAGGCGCGGCACAAAUGUUAAGAGAUUUGGAUAUUCAAACCAAAAACAAAACCUCUCACGCAAGUCGGAUCGCAGGACUUCUCCGUAUAAUUUUUCCUGUUACUAGGUUAAGUUGCAUGGCAACAAACAUGGAAGGUAUGUUUUGAUAAAGCUGUUUUUCUAUAA